CUGCUUCUUUCCAGACGUCAGCCUUGCCAUUCUCACCAGGAGGUUGGCGGACCGGGGGUGUGUGAAGCAGAGCGAGGGAGCGACCCUGCGGAGGAACGAACGGGUAGACGCGGGAAUCCGCCCGCACGGAAAUGGGAGUGGAGGAAGGAGCGCAGAGAACCUCAGGCGUGACUGCCCUUGCGGAAAGGCGGUGGCUAGAGGGUCGCCUCACCCCUCGGAGCCCGCAGGCCCCGCCUCGCAGGCCCCGCCCCCCGAGACCUAAACCGCGCGGCAGGCUUCGCGGGCCCCACUGCAAGCUCGCCAGCAGCGCUCUUAGGUAGAGUACCGUGUGCUUUCCUUCCACGCGCUCUCCGCCCGCCUACAGACAGAUCCGCCGGCACUCUCGUAUUCUCCCUGCUGCCCGGACACAUAGUAUGACUAUUAGGUGUUUCGUCUCCCAGCCAUUUUCUAUGGAAAACCAAGGGGAUCGGGCCAUGAUAGCCACUGGCAGCUUUGAAGAAUGGGAUGCCUUUAGAGAAGCUUGAUCUUGGAGGCCUCAGCGUGAGACCGUACAAAGCCGGAUUCCGGCAGAGUUCCUGUAUCUUGUCUUGUUGCUGACUGAAGGUGUCCCCUUCUCCAGUCUUUCUCCAUCUUCUGGGAGGUAGCAGGAUAUCAGCAUUAUGGUUGGGUUCAAGGCUACAGAUGUACCCCCUACUGCCACUGUGAAGUUCCUGGGGGCUGGCACAGCUGCCUGCAUCGCAGAUCUCAUCACCUUUCCUCUGGACACCGCGAAAGUCCGGCUGCAGAUCCAAGGAGAGAGGCAGGGGUCAGUGCGGGCUGCGGCCAGCGCCCAGUACCGCGGCGUGCUGGGCACCAUCCUGACCAUGGUGCGCACCGAGGGCCCCCGCAGCCUCUACAGUGGCCUGGUCGCCGGCCUGCAGCGCCAGAUGAGCUUUGCCUCUGUCCGCAUCGGCCUCUACGACUCUGUCAAGCAGUUCUACACCAAGGGUUCUGAGCAUGCCGGCAUUGGGAGCCGCCUCCUGGCAGGCAGCACCACAGGUGCCUUGGCUGUGGCCGUGGCCCAGCCCACAGAUGUAGUGAAGGUCCGGUUCCAGGCUCAGGCCCGGGCUGGAAGCGUCCGGAGAUACCAAAGCACUGUUGAUGCCUAUAAGACCAUCGCCCGAGAGGAAGGGUUCCGAGGACUCUGGAAAGGGACCUCUCCCAAUGUUGCUCGUAACGCCAUUGUCAACUGUGCUGAGCUGGUGACCUACGAUCUCAUCAAGGACACCCUCCUGAAGGCCAACGUCAUGACAGAUGACCUCCCUUGCCACUUCACUUCCGCCUUCGGGGCAGGCUUCUGCACCACCGUCAUCGCCUCCCCUGUCGAUGUGGUCAAGACGAGAUACAUGAACUCUGCCCUGGGCCAGUACAGGAGCGCUGGCCACUGUGCCCUCACCAUGCUCCAGAAGGAGGGUCCCCGAGCCUUCUACAAAGGGUUCAUGCCCUCCUUUCUCCGUUUGGGUUCCUGGAACGUGGUGAUGUUUGUCACCUAUGAGCAGCUCAAACGGGCCCUCAUGGCUGCCCGCACUUCCCGGGAGGCUCCCUUUUGAGUGUCUCCUGCUGCUGACCCCACCACGUCUGGCUUUGGCUUUGGCUCAGCUCCAGCCAGGCCCUGCUUCCCUUCCCUCUCUCCUCACCCCUUCCUUCUACUCCCUUUCCCACCAGUUCCCUUUCCUCUCCCCACUUUCUCACCCCUCUUCCCUACCUCAUCUCCCCAUUGUCUCUCAGUCCCAGUAGAGUUGACCCCAGUUGACACUGUAAGAGGCCUGGCACCAGCCAGGAUCCCAAGCCUUCAAUCCCUUGAAAAGUUAAGCCCAGCUCUCUGUUCUGCCCCCAAGCCCAGCCCAGCCAGCAUGUCACCCAUAAAACAGGUUCAACCUUGG